AGAGAAUGAUAUCUGUCACAUUUGUUUCAAAGGAUGGAGAAGAAAUCCCCAUUAAAGUGCCCAUCGGAAUGUCAAUGUUGGAAGCAGCUCAUCAAAAUGAUAUAGAGCUCGAAGGAGCAUGUGAAGGCUCACUUGCCUGCUCAACAUGCCAUGUCAUAGUGAUGGAUAUGGAGUACUACAAUAAAUUAGAAGAUCCAAGUGAUGAGGAGAAUGACAUGUUGGACCUGGCCUUUGGUCUUACAGAAACGUCUCGACUAGGAUGUCAAAUAAUCGCAAGGCCUGAACUGGAUGGAUUUCGUUUAGCAAUCCCUUCCGCCACUCGAAACUUUGCUGUUGAUGGGUAUGUUCGAGAACCGCAUUAGACAAAAUACAACACCUGACCCUGGUUAAAUGAUCACAAAGAGUGCGGUCAUUCAGUUUUGUACCUUCUCAUUUGUAUUGAAUCAACAAGAAUCA